AUGCUGGCGCUCCGCAGUCGACGUUUGGAUGAGUUGAUUCCUACACUGAAACAGCCUGUGCUGGGGAUUUGCCUAGGCAUGCAGUUGCUGCACCAGGGCUCGGAUGAACGUGACACCGAUUGCCUGGGCGUUUUCCCUGGGCGCGCCAGGUUGUUUACAGGUACGUCGAAACGUCGCGUACCACAUAUGGGCUGGAAUGAACUCAGGCGCGAGCAUGACCAUGGCCUGUUGGCUGAUAUUAACGACGGCGACUUCGCCUACUUUGUACAUAGCUAUGCAUUGCCGCUGAGCGAGCACACGUUGCUGAGCUGCGAUUACGGUGGCAGGUUUGCCGCGGCCAGCCAGCGGGAGAACUUUUACGCAGCCCAAUUUCACCCCGAACGAUCAGCCCACGUGGGCGCGCAACUAUUGGCCAACUUCCUGAGUCUCUAA